GGUUUCGCGCGCUCGGCUCGCCCGCUCGGCGCCUUGCGCAUUUUAGGUUAGGUUUUUAACAUCCCUUAAAAAAGAAAUCCCAAAUAAAAACUAUCUUUAAUCCAGUUGAUAAAGUGAACAAAUAUUAAUAUAGUCUUCAAAUAAGUAUACGAGAAUAUUGUAAUAGCUGCUAUAUCUUCUAUCAAACACUAACUUCUUGCAUUGGCCGAAUGUAAACAAAGAAAAAAGCUGAAAAAACAAUUAGUGUCAUAAAAAGUGUCAAUUGAAUAGUUUAUUAGAAAAUUGGAGAUUUUCUAAUACGAAUAUUUCAUGUCUUAUUGGUAAAUAAUGUGGAGGAGGGAGUCUUAUUUCUCACAGUACGUAAGCCCUAAUAUAGUAAUUGUGCCAACUGUGUCUUUCGGCCCCCCUGUGGCAAAUGUUAAAGCCAGCGACCCCAUUACAAACCCACCUAAUUGUGAACAAACAAAUCCAAAGGAUUGUAACAGUAGCCUUGUGUCGGAGGAAACGAUUUUGUGCAAAGAUAACGUGACAUCUGUUGAUAUGAACCCCAGACCGAAAGCUAUUGAGAGUACCAGGGCUUCAGAUAAUAUCCAGAUCUCGCCAGUUAGAAUACCAAGACAAAAAUCUCCAGAAGUUCCAUCAUAUCAUACGAGUCCAAGACUCAAAGAGUUCACAACAGCUCAAUAUAAGUCACGGAAUAGAUUAGUCGAUUUUACAGGAUUCAACAGACUGAAAUGGGACCGAGGGCAUCUCUCGUCCGAAUAUAGAGAUUCAAGACGAAGAGAUACUUACUACGAAUCAGAUACAAUGAUGAGUGACAGGGAAACUGAUUACCGAAAGAGUUCAGAAAAAUAUACUACUAAAUCGCUCAAAAUGAUAGAUAAAGAACCAACAAAAAGGGUAAAGCCUUCAAGUAUUCAGAGUAAAAGGAAAGUUGAAAACAUUGCAAAAAGUGAUGAAAUCGAAUCUGAUAUGACGGAGAAAAUGAAAAAAUGUUUCAAAGAACUUUGGAAACGGAACCUCGAGAAGUUAAAAGCAAAAUCUGCAAAAGAGAAACGUGAAAAGCUGAAACGCAGUAAAGAGCAUUCGAAGACUCUCAAACCAGAACCCGUUCGCAGUAAGUCACAUCUCGAAGGUGUUACAAAAAAUACUACCUCAAAAAACAUUAGAAAUAAGAUAUUAGAUAAAUCAAAGAAAAAACAUGACUUGGAAAGAAGUAGGUCUGAAGAAUUCAAAAAGUCGAGAAGCGAAACUAAUGCUACCCGUACAGCAGACUCAAAAGACAGUAAAAUAUAUUUAAGUCCAAUUUCUAUGAAAAGGUAUCAAGAUUUUCAGGAAUUUAUUCGUCAGAAUGAUAAUAAUGACGAUGAAAACAAAAAUAAAACUAAGCACGAUGAAAAAAAGAAACCAGACCGGGUUUAUAAAAAGAAAAUAAGUACGAAAUCUUGUGAAACUAUUACAAAGACGAAAUCAGAUACUAAAACAAAGGUGAUUGAACGUAAAGAAGUCGUUAAGAAAGAAACCACGAAAAAGGAGCGUCACACUGAAAUUACCAGCACUAGCCAGAAUAAAAUUGAUAGAGUAAAACCGAUCAAAAGCGUUGUUCAAACAAACAAUCUAUCGCAAAAAAGGUUUGCUAACGUGGAAGAAGAUCUCAGAUUUAGACUUUCUCGUAAAAGAUCAAAAAGCGAUUAUGAGACAAGUUCCACUCAACAAUCUGGAGACACUAAAAAUGAUCAAGAAAAGGAGAAAAUAAGACUGAACCAAGACGCUAAGGCUGAUUCGAAAAUAUCAAAAGUAGAUAAACCUAAGAAAAAGAAGGUGAAAUUAAUAAUAAUUAAUAUAGAAUGUCCAGAUUCCGAUGACUCUGAGGAUCGAAAUUCCAGUGAGUCACCUCAGGAUUUAAGUUUCCUUGACGACAUAAACGUAGAUGAGAUCGUUGAUUCAUUAAAUGAUGGCCAAAUACAAGCAGAGCAAAACGUCAACGAACAAAGUUCGGCAGCUAACGCAAUGUUACUUAUAGAAGACAAGACAAAUGAAUAUGAUCAUAAAAACGAAUUCAUUGAAGGAACAGCGGUAGAAAGCGUGGACAUUGAUGAUAAAGAGGAAAUUAUUGAAAUAAAGGAAGACGAAAGGUCUUAUGAAGAAGUUAUUUCAAUCGAUUCAGAUUCUAAUUCAAAAGAUGGAGAUUUAUUUGUUAAGAACGGAUCUAGUGCCAAGAAAAACCUCCAGGAAGAACAAGUGAUGAAAACUAGCUCACAUAUAAAUAAAAAUAUUAAACAAAGGUCAAGUAAAAUAACCAAAUCAACUAUAAAACGGUUCCAAGUAGACGUCCAUCAAAAUGUGGAUAAAAGCAACGAAACCAAAACCAGUGUUUCGGAGGUGAUAACAAUCGAGGACGAUAAUAUAGAUUCUGGAAAUACUUCAACGGCAAAUAAUUCAAAAGAUUUUGAAUCCAAUAAAAGUGAAUCCAAAGUCGAUCAAAUAUUGCAACUACUAACAAGAUCUACUAAAAGAAGGCUAACUACAGAAAUAACAAACAAGUCUCAAAGCAGCGCCAGCACAAGUGGCAUCAAAAAAUCUAAAUCAGAUGCAAAUCGAGAAAAUAUGACCGCGCGAAAUCAUUCGGAAAGCAAAGUCGAUAACAAUGAUAUACUAAGUUCAUCGCAAAAGGCUUCUACACAAACAAAAAUUGAUCAACUAGAAGGUACCGUUAACGUUGUUACCAACAUUAAUGAUGUAACAGCACAACAAGUAUCGUCUUCCGCUAAAAAUAUAAAACCCGAAAAUAUCCAGGUAUGUAAUUCUAGCGAUCCAGUUGAAGCAUCUCUUGAAAAUAUGUUCAAUGGCAAGAAAAGAAAAGCUAGUGAGAAUCAAAUAUCAAACGAAUCUAAUAAUACAUCGGUUGAGAAGGUAAAGGAUAAUUUGUAUAAAUCCAACGAGAGCGUGGAAACAUCCCUUUCAAAGAUGUUCAGUGACAAUAAACAAGUAGACCUCAUUAAUAAGGUCAUCGAAGAACCAAAAUUGACAGAAAAAUAUAUGAAGAAAGAAGCUUCUGAUAACGCUGACCAAAUGCUUGACCUAAAUGCUAACAUACGAGAAGAACAAAUAAACGCAGAACACCCAGAAAUAAUACCAAAAACAGCAGAAAAUAAUACCGUACAAAAGUCUACAACAGCGUCAAAUUCCGAUCCAUUAUCGCAGAAUAAUGAUAGUAAAACUACUAGAAAAGCAGUAAUACAAUUUCCAAAAUCUCUAGCAAGUGAAAAUAAAAGGGGAGUCCACAAUGCGGGUACAGAACACAACUUGAGCCAAUCUGCUGAAAACCUUAAUAAGGCUAAAUGUAAUAUGCAUUUAAAAACACUUAAAGAACCCCAAAGAACUCCAACCAAAGGAAAUGAAAUUAAGACCAAACCUGUUGUAAGACCACCAGAAAAUAAUAACAAAAACACUGGAAAACUUAUACAAAAUGAUAAAAAUGUUGUACAAAAGACAUCUACCCCGCAAAUGGUAAAACAACAUAGCCAAAAUCGAAGUAACAAGCCUAAAGAAUUAGCAAAACUGAAGGAAUCAGUAAAAAACCCGCAUGAUGUAUCAUCUAAAAGUUGUGGGAAGGCUAUAGCUAAAAUAGACAUUAAAGCUUCGGAUAAGAGGGAGAAAAUUAAAAGUAAUACAACAGAAAAUGUGCCAACGUCAAAUCAACAAAUAUCUGCGAACGAUCGCGGUAUAAAAGAUAAAGGGCUAACUAGCACGAAUAAAAAAUCCACCAACAUAAUAGUGAAUCUUUUACAAAAACCAAUAAAUAAAGAAUUAAAAAAUACUAACAAUCAAUGUGAGAAAAAGGAACCUUCCAACAUCAAAGAUGCACAAGCGAAAAACAAAUCAGAAACAAAUGUUACUAAUAAGCCUGAACACUUACAAAAAAAGACAACCGGUACUAAUAAACCUGUUGAAAAAACAGCUAAUGCAACAAAGAAGAUUAAUUUAGCUGAAAACCCCUCUGUUAAAUCAUGUGUGAGCAGGGAAUCAGAAUCAAAUAACUCACAUUCUACUGUCAAUAAAGCCGUUGCUUCCUCAAACAGUAACAAACAGGACACUAAAAAGAAAAUUGAACCCAAAGAAACUGAUACUAAAGUCAAAGAUAGUGCACCACUGAAAGUUCAAAAGCAAGACGAAGUCAAAAAUGAUAUUCAGCCUAAAAACGCCAAUACUGCAAAUGAAGAAUUGUCGAAAAAGGAUAAUACGAAUAAAGAAAUCCCGUCAGGCACAAAUUCCAAAAAGAAAAUUGAACCCAAAAAAACUGAUACUAAAGCCAAAGAUAGUGCUCCACUGAAAGUUCAAAAGCAAGACGAAGUUAAAAAUGAUAUUCAGCCCAAAAAUGCCAAUACUACAAAUGAAGAAUUGUUGAAAAACGAUAAUACGAAUAAAGAAAUCCCGUCAGGCACAAAGUCUGCCAUUGUCGGAAAAACAAAUAAUGAUCAAAUCACUAAAACAAGAGUUGCAAUUGCAGAUAGCAAAAAUAAAUCAUUAGAAAAUGAUAAAAACGACAGUCAAAAGCCGAGCGCGGGUAAUAAUUUAUCAAAAGCAAAUAGUACCGCAAUUAAAGUCCCUAAUAAAACUAGUGAAGUUAUUAAACGUAGCGAAAAUGUGCCUAAUUCGAAUAAAAAAGAAGAAGCGAAGGUAAAUACUACUGCAGAGGCCAAACAGAAAAAAGAUGAUAUAGGAAAGAAACUCGCAAAAAAAGCUGAUAAUCUAUUUAAAAAGAGAGCAGAAACUGCACUGUGCCAAAACUUAAAUACUCGAACUGAGCUGUUACAUACGAUUCAGAACGGAAGAUUCUCCGCAAUACACAAGUGCAGCGAUACUAAUGGUAACAUUUACGCCCUUAAAGUUAUGAGGGAACCAUUUCACAAUAUUGGACCAGAAAUUGAAUAUAUGUUAUUUGGACUGCAAGCACACUGUCCCAUGGAUAUACCUGUUGUGCAUUUAAUCUGCACCUUUGAAGUGAUGAAUCAGUAUUGUUUGCUAACCGAGUUUUAUCCCAAAAACCUUGUCCAAGCACUCCAGGAGAACCAACGAGGCUUUAAUAUUAAUUUAGUACAAAUUUUGUCCAAGCAGUUAGUUGACGCUGUGAAUAUAUUGACCGUCAACAAUAUCGUACAUGCGGACAUAAAACCAGGACAUAUUCUGCUAAACAGUUCAAAUGACAAACUAAAACUGUGUGGCUUCGAUAGAUCCGGUUACUACGAUAGUAUUAAAAUUUAUCCGAGCACAGGGACCUGUAGUUAUCGGGCCCCUGAGAUCAUUCUAGGCUUUCCAGAAUACCAAAGAAUUGACGUAUGGUCGACAGCAUUAAUUAUGUUUAAGAUGGCGACGAAUACUGACCUGUUUUCCGGAAUAUACAAUAACGAGAUAAUAUACCAACAUUUAUGCACGCUAGGCAGCUUCGACUGCGGAAUGGUUGAGGAAUCAAAAUUCAAACAUCGUUUCUUUGACAAGACAAGUUUCAAGCUGAGAACCGGCCCUGCAUAUGAUGACAUGGUGUUGAUCCAUAUUUUCCAAGAAAGCGACAGGCUGCGCCAACAAUUGUUCUCGACGUACGUUAGGGAUUGGGAGCAAAGCUGCACUUGGUGGCAGAUGACCAACGACCUGGAUAAAGUGGAAAGUCUUCACGCACUGUUGGCACAAAUGUUGGAGCUGGACCCGAGGCACAGAUUGCCAAUACAAUUUGUUGCCGUCAGCGAAUUCCUUAACAACUUCUCAUCAAGAAACUUUUAAGUAUCAGAAAACUGCUCAAUCGAUAAUGCAGCUAUUGUUUUUUUUUUUUUUUUAUGUCAGUUCCUAAUAAUGUUAAGUUAGUAUUUAAGUUGAUUGUUAUAUUUUCGUAAGAGUCGCACGAAAUGGUCAAACAAAUCAUAGUUAUUAUUUAAGUUGUUUUUUUCUUACUUCCAAACUAGAUUGUAUUUUUUUUUUGUUUAAG